UUUCCUUCAUUGCUUUAUGUAUUUUUUAGAAGAAAGAUCUAAUUGCUUUAUUACCUCCCUCUUUUUUCUCUCUUUCACAUCUCCCAAUAAUCAAUGACACAAUAAUUAUCCUAAUUUCUCCAAAAACGAAUCUCAUUUGUCCCUAAACCUUAACAACCAAAAAGUUUCCUAAUAUAUCACAACACAACACAACACAACUCAUCACACUCACUCCAAAGCACUUGCUUCCAUUUCCACACAUUUCAAUGGCCAUCAAAGACAAAGAGAAGAAGCUCUUUCUUUGGUCAUCAAGAAACUAUGCUGCAGAACACAAACUUUUCCUCACAACUCUUCUACUUCUCUGCACCAUUGCCACUCUCUUUUGCUUCAUACCUUCUUCUUUCACUAUCUCAGCUUCUGAUCUCAGACUUUGUAUCUCAAGAAUCUCUCAAACUCCACCGACACCGACGGCGACACCACCAUCACCAUCACCACCACCACCCUCUUCCAUUGUCCAUGAAAAACUCAUUACCAAUACCAACACCACCACUAUCAUCAAGCGUUUCUUCAACCCUUAUGGCUCAGCAGCAUACAACUUCAUCACAAUGAGUGCUUAUAGAGGUGGACUUAACACUUUUGCUAUCACUGGUCUUUCUUCAAAGCCUCUUCAUGUUUAUGGAAAUCCUACUUAUGAAUGUGAGUGGAUCCCUAACACUAACACAAACACAAACUCUUCAAAAAACAUCACCACCAUUGGUUACAAGAUGCUCCCUGAUUGGGGCUAUGGCCAUGUUUAUACCGUUGUGAUUGUUAACUGCACUUUCAAUGAAUCAAUCAAUGUUGAUAACAGUGGUGGAAAGUUGAUGCUAUAUGCUUCUACAUCAGGUGGUGGUGACACAAAGUUUAACAUUACUGAUAGAAUGGAAGUUCUUGUUGAACAACCUAAGGUUUUGGAUAUUACCCUCUUUAAUUCAAAGCCAAAGCUUGACUAUUUCUAUUGUGGAUCAUCUUUAUUUGGUAAUUUGAAUCCUCAAAGAGUGAGGGAAUGGAUAGCUUAUCAUGUGAGACUAUUUGGACCAAACUCACAUUUUGUGUUACAUGAUGCUGGUGGUGUUCAUGAGGAAGUGUUUGAGGUUUUGAAACCUUGGAUUGAACUUGGUUAUGUUACAUUGCAAGAUAUUAGGGAUCAAGAGAGAUUUGAUGGAUAUUAUCAUAAUCAAUUUAUGGUUUUGAAUGAUUGUUUGCAUAGAUAUAAGUUUAUGGCUAAAUGGAUGUUCUUUUUUGAUGUUGAUGAGUAUAUUUAUGUGCCUCCAAAGAGUACUAUUAAAACUGUGCUUGAUUCUCUUUCUGAAUACUCUCAGUUUACAAUUGAGCAAAUGGCUAUGAGUGUCAAGGUUUGUCUCUCUCAUGAUUAUGGCAAAACUUACAGAAAAUGGGGGUUUGAAAAGCUUGUGUAUAGAGAUGCAAUUACAGGCAUAAGAAGAGAUAGAAAAUAUGCAGUUCAACCAAGAAGCUUGUUUGCAAAUGGGAUUCACAUGUCAGAGAAUUUAGAUGGAAAAACAACUCAUAACACUGAAGGUAGGAUCAAAUAUUUUCACUACCAUGGAGCCAUAUCACAAAGAAGAGAAACAUGUAAAUUGCUAGUGAACUCAACAAAAAUCACCUAUGAAAAAACUCCUUAUGUGAUGGAUACUACAUUGAGAGACAUUGCUGGAUCAAUCAAGAAAUUUGAGCUUAAGAUGAUUGGAACAAGGUUGCAAAAUACAAGACAAUGAUAGCCCUUCAAUUAAUUAUUUAAGGGUCUUGAAUUUAAAGUUAUUUAAUUUAUCUUUCUAUAGCAUAGAAAAUCAUUUAAAGGUUCUUUCUUUUUUAUUUUUUCUAUUAUGUAUUAUAAUUUAUUUUUUUUACUUUGAAAUAUAGUACAAAAACAGAUGGAUACAUAUCUUGUUUCAUUUUUAAUAAUUAUUUUGGGUUUCUUUGUUAUGUUA